AUGAUAGGACAGGAGCAGAGACAGGAACCAAAACACAAGCACAUCACGUUCGCCACCGUGGUAAAGAAAGAGACGUUUAUUCCUAAUUCCGUGAGAUCCAGGGAGGACUUUCCCAUGCUGAGCUCCGAGACUGAGAUUCAGCAGGAAUCAGACCAGUGGAUCUUUCACUCUGUAUUAAUGCUGGUGCAGUCCCGGAAUGAACCACUGGUUUACCUUCAGUCCACUCUGGACCAGUAUAACGAUGCACCAGAGGCUUUAUUCAAUUGCAUACCUGAGAAGCUGCUCAUUCUGGAGGAAAGAGUGGUGGUCCUGAUCUCCAGGGUAAAAUGUUGGAUGAGGGAAUUCACUUGCUUCAAGAAAGAUGCCCACAAGGUGGAGACCUUCCUGAAGCUUCUCAAGUGA